AUGACUGCUGUUUCUUUGGAGGAUAAUGCCCUCUGGCUAAGGCAGCUGGUUGGGCUCCUAGGCCAGUUCGUUCUCUUCGUCCAAUCCUUCAGCCAAUACCAACCCAGAAACAAGUUAUGGCUCCCUACUUUCCUUCUGUUUCUCGCUAGAACCAUCAAGUAUGGUGAGCGAACACGUGCUUUAUAUCAGGCAAACCUGAAAAACUUCCGGAAAUCGAAUCUUACAGCACCGGACCCAGGGCCUAACUAUGCAAAGCUCAUGGAGGAAUACGCUUCGAAGAGAGAGGCCAGCCUCCCAACUCAAAUAGAGUUGAUACGAGAACCUAAUCAAGAAUUCAAGGCUUCAUGUUACCCAGUCGAAGAAGGCAGGCUGGGGGAUCUUGCGGCGGUGAAGCAUGCUUAUCACUUCUUCAAAAUCUUCCAGGGUCUCGUUGUGGAUAUCAUCUUUAGUUUCCGGGAGCGCGAAGAGAGCCGGCUAUUUUUCCAGAACAGAGACUCAGAGGAUGCCUUUCAAGUGCUAGCGAUUGAACUCAACUUCUUCUACGAACUUCUCUACACCAAGGUUAUCGUACUGUAUUUGAAGUUUGGAUACUUUGUUCGAUUUACAUCGUGGUGUGCGGUUGUGGCAGCCAUUUCAACCUUCUAUUCAAUAGAUAAGAAUGAUUUUCGCAAGAUUGACGUUGGAAUUACAUAUACCUUGCUCUUUGGUGCCAUAUUCUUGGAUACAAUUGCUCUGUUUAUGAUGGCUUUCUCUGAUUGGGUUGCUGCUUCCAUCUAG